AUGGCCGCUACAUCCAGUAACGCUUCUUUCCUCUCUUUUGGAAGAGAUGAUGGUUUCAUCUCGAAGAGCUUUCAGGGGCUGAAGCAUCGCCACCUUCCUACUUCUCUCCUGGCCCUUCUUUCCACCGCAACAGAAGUCCACUGGGCAUCACUAGGCCCAGUCCCUGAAUCCUGGCUACUCAGCUUCAAAGAUGCCUCCGGUCGAAGUAGCAUACGUUGGGGCGCGCUUCUCCCACAACGUCUUCAGACCAUCUUAGCAAAAACGUGGCACUCCCCGCAUCUACGCUUCUUUCUUGGCCCAAACGAAUCCUUCAUCAUCUGGCAUCCCGAGCUGAUACGAUGGGCUAAUUUACCGCCUAGCCUUGAAGAUUCACUACAGUCAUGGCUCACACCGUCAGGAUGGCGUGUGGGGCCGCCACGCAUUGUGACUUGGGGUCCUGAAGGUGCAUUCUUUGCCAUGAGUGAGUACGGAGAUGUGGUGUAUCGACUUGGCGACGAAGACAGUUGGGACAUCUACAAAGAGACAGUCGAAGAAUGGAAAGCCGAGAAAGGCUUCUCGUGGAGCGAGCUUGCGUUCAUCGCGCUCGAUCCCACUACAUCUGACCAGUUCAUCGCUAUUCGCAACGAUGGCACAUGGGCUGGCAGUAUCGAUGAUAUCAACGAAGAUGCUCUGGAGGACUUUGCGUUGAACUUUUUCACAAAGGCAAAGAAGUCCCGGCACAGAAGCCAAUCAAAUGACCAGAACGGAGCAGAGACAUCGUCUGUGCCGCCAAUCAAUACAAGACCAGACGCUGCAAUCCAGGCUCUAUACGAAAAUUGGUCCAGAGAUACAGCAAGCAGGCUUGCCUCCGCACUGGCAGCGAUCGCUACACCAUCAAGUCCAGCGCCAUCGAGCCCACUCGGUGAUAUCCCUGUUCAUCCAAAGCCGCGAAAGCUGCAAGUCAGGUCUCAGUCAAACAUGCAUGUGCCCUCAAUACCAGCAGCAUCCUCUGCACCCGCCAGUCUUUUGAUCGCCUUUCCGUACCUGCCUCCAGCGGUAACUACGUGCACACUUCCGUCAUGCGAGUUGCUCAAAUCGGACCCCUUAAGCAUCAAGGCAUGCAGACAUGAUGUAGAGGUGCUUCUACGCGCAAGCGGCCUGUAUAGCUAUGAGUGGCUGCGACAGGAAAGACUGCGGUGGCAUCCCGACAGGUUUGGGCGGCUGUGCGAUGAAGGCUGGAGGGAGUCAGGGAAGAAAAUGGCGGAAGAGAUGUUCAAGAUCAUUGAUGCCUUAAUGGAGGAAUUGAGGCUGGCUGAUGGGCUGGAUGGAACGUUGUGA